AUGUUGCAUUUCUUCGCCGCAUCAUUGAUUCAUUCCUUAAAGCGCAUCUUAAGUCUAUUUAUAUCUAUCUAUCUAUCUAUCUAUCUAUCUCAGUUUGUUCAUAAUAUAUUGUUCAUAUCUAUCUUUGACGCUUCUCCUCCUCUCUCUCUCUCUCUCGCUCUCUCUCUCUCCCUCUCUCCUGAAUAUCACUUUCUCGUUCUCAAUUUCAUUUUCAGCUGUCCCUCUCUGUUCGUCUCUCUGUCUCUGCAUUACUUUCUCCUCCUCUUUCUCUUCUUCUCUCUUUCGGCCUCAUUUUCUAUCUCCUUCUUAGUCUCACUUUCUCCUUAUCUUUGUCUUUUUCUCUUUCCCAACCUUCCUUUCUCUCUCUCUCUCUCUCUCUCUCUCUCUCUCAGUCUCACUUUCUCUUUCUCUUUUUUCUCUUUUCUUGGCCUCGCUUUUUCUUUCUCUCUUUAUUUCUCACUCAAAUUCCCUUUCUCCUUUUCCUCUUUUAACUUUCUUUCUGUCUCGUUUAAUCCUUCUCUUUCCCCUUCUUUCUUUUUUCUUUCUUUCAGAUUCACUUUCCCCUUUUUCUCUCUCUUUCCCAGCAUCACUUUCUCUCUCUCUCUCUCUCUCUCUCUCUCUCUCUCUCUUUCAGCUUCAUUUUUUCUCCUUUCUCUCUCAUUUUCUCUCACUGACCUUCUCCUUCUUUCAACGUCUCUUUCUUUCUUUCUCUAUAUCUCUCUCUCUUUCUUUCUCUCACUUUCUUUCUUUCUUUCUUCCUCUCUCUCUCUCUUUCUUUCUCUCUCUCUUUCUUUCUCUCCCUCUCUUUCUUUCUUUCUUUCUUCCUCUCUCUCUUUCUUUCUCUUUCUCUUUCUUUCUCUUUCUCUUUCUUUCUCUCUCUCUUUCUUUCUAGUCUCUGUCUUUUUCAUUCUCUCUUUCUUCCUUCCCCUCUUCUUCACUCUCCCUUUCUUUCUUUCUUUCUUUCUUUCUUUCUUUCUUUCUUUCUUUAUGUCUUUCAUUAUUUUUUUCUCUGUCUCUCUCUCCUUCUUUCUGGGUACUAAGAAUUUAUAA